AUGGAUAACCAAGAGCUACUAUCUGUAGCUGCCUUAGCAGGAGCAGCAACUUGUUUUACUUUCAGAGGCCAAGAUAUUCGCGGGGAUUAUGCCGCUCUGGCUUUCAUAGCUACUUCUCUCAGCCUGUAUAGCGUGCUUUGCGCUACACUGGCUUCGCCUCUCCUCGCGACGCUCGCGGUCUGCUUGGCCUACGGCCUCACGGUCUGGCUGAUUACGGUGGCCUACCGCCUUUCUCCCUGGCACCCUCUGGCGGCGUAUCCGGGUCCUUACAUCGCAAAGAUCACCGGCCUAUGGCUGUCAUACAUCUCGUUCACCGGGAAGCGCUAUCAGAUACUGGACGACCUCCAUACUCAGCACGGCCCUUUCUUACGUGUUGGGCCCGGAUGUCUCUCUAUCAACUCCCCCACUGCGACGUCUCUGUACCUCAGCACCGAGAAGAGCGAGGCCUAUCGCCUUCCGAAGCACAACGGCGCGGUGGCCUUAUUCUUUAAGCAGGAUACGAGUGCCAUACAUCGCGACCGCAGGCGCGUCUGGUCCGAGUUCUUCACUCGCUCUAGUAUCGCUGGGCUUAUACCCCAGCUGGAACGCCGAACGUGGGAGCUCGUUCAAUGCUUUGAACGCCGGCAAGAAGCUAGCCAAGAUAAGACCGUCAACUUCCCGGAAACCAUGUAUCACUGGUCCCACGACUUCAUGGGUGACAUGGUGUUCGGCGGAUGUAGCACCUUCGAGUUGAUGAGGAACGGCGAUCCGCAAGGGAUCAUACAUACCGGAAAGAUGGCAACUGCUAUGAUGGACAGCCUGGGUCAAACGCCUUGGCUGCUCGACAUACUGUGGCAUAUGCCAUUCACGAAGAAGAUGCACCUGUUGGACGACCACGCCGCGCGUAUGAUGAAGACCAGGGUGAAGAGCAAGGAUCUUCCCGAGUACCGCGACCUCGCAUCCUAUUGGAUUGCUGCGGGGAUACCGCAACACGAACUCGAGACCGACGCCGUCGUCGCUAUCGUAGGAGGAUCGGACAACACAUCUAUCACUGUCUCCAUCGCCAUCUACUUCCUUCUCUCCCACAGGGAAUACUACGACCGCCUCUACGCCGAGCUCAAACAGACGUUCCCCGACCCGAUGGCGUCCGUCAACCUCGACGAGCUCACCACGCUCCCGUUCCUGAACGCGGUCAUCCACGAGACGCUGCGUCUGGCAUCGCCCUACUUCAACCCGCGCGUCGUUCCAAAGGGAGGCCUGUUCGUUGACGGGCAGUUCAUCCCCGAGAAGACGGUGGUUGCGCUCGCGGCGCAUUCACAGCAAAUCAGCGAAGCGAACUUCUACCCUGCCCCUAAGCACUUCCAUCCAGAACGAUGGCUGCCGGAAGGGUUGGGUCCCGACACGGUCACCAACAAGGCUGUACUUGCAUCCUUCUCUUACGGUCCUCACCACUGCAUCGGCAGGGUGCUCGCGUACCACCAGAUGCGGUUCGCACUCGCCCGUAUCCUUCUCGCCUUCGACAUCGAGUUCGCGCCUGGCUUUGACGUCGCCGGAUUUUACGACGGGAUUCUCAACAUGCGCACGAUGUUCCUGGAGCAGGACCUGCGUGUGAGGGUUCACCGGAGGGAAGGGGUCGACCUUGCGAAGGUGCCUGUUUGA